UAUCUUGUAUACCUCUAUCAUGUCUCCUCUCAUCCUCCUUCUCUACAAACAGUAAAGCCCUAGCUCCCUUAAUCUCUGAUCAUAAUGCAUACUCUCUAAACCAGGCAGCAUCCGGUAAACAUCCCCUGUACCCUCUCCAAUGCUUCCACAUUCUUCCUAUAGAGAGGCGACCAGAACUGGACACAGUACUCCAAGUGUGGCCUAACUUGACUUUCAUAGAGCUGCAUCAUUACAUCGCAUCACUUAAACUCUAUCCCUCGAUUUAUGAAAGCUAACACCCCAUAAGCUUUCUUAACUACCCUAUCUACCUGUGAGGCAACUUUCAGGGAUCCGUGGACAUGUACCCCCAGAUCUUUCUGCUCCUCCACACUACCAAGUAUCCUACCAUUUACUUUGUACUCUGCCUUGGAGUUUGUCCUUUCAAAGUGUACCACCUCACACUUCUCCUGAUUGAACUCCAUCUGCCACUUCUCAGCCCACUUCUGCAUCCUAUCAAUGUCUCUCUGUAAUCUUUGACAAUCCUCUACACUAUCUACAACACCACCAACCUUUGUGUCGUCUGUAAACUUGCCAACCCACCCUUCUACCCCCAUAUCCAGGUCAUUAAUAAAAAUCACAAAAAGUAGAGGUCCCAGAACAGAUCCUUGUGGGACACCACUAGUCAUAACCUCCAUUCUGAAUGUACACCCUCCAAUCUGAAUGUACUCCCUCCACCAUGACCCUCUGCCUUCUGCAGGCAAGCCAAUUCUGAAUCCACCUGGCCAAACUUCCCUGGAUCCCAUGCCUUCUAACUUUCUGAAUAAGCCUACCAUGUGGAACUCAGUCAAAUGCCUUACUAAAAUCCAUGUAGAUCACAUCCACUGCACUACCCUCAUCUAUAUGCCUGGUCACCUCCUCAAAGAACUCUAUCAGUCUUGUUAGGCACAAUCUGCUCUUCACAAAGCUAUGCUGACUGUCCCUGAUCAGACCAUGAUUCUUGAAAUGACCAUAGAUCCUAUCUCUAAGAAUCUUUUCCAACAGCUUUCCCACCACAGACGUAAGGCUUACUGGUCUAUAAUUUCCUGGACUAUCCCUACUACCUUUUUUGAACAAGGGGACAACAUUCGCCUCCCUCCAAUCCUCCGGUACCAUUCUCAUGGACAACGAGGACAUAAAAAUCCUAGCCAGAUUGGACUAGCUUAUGCCUCUACAACAUUAAUUGGUGUCAUAAACCUUUGAUACACAUCAAAAACCCAACUAAGUAAGCGCUGGUUAUUCUGGGUGGCACAGUGGUGUUGUGCUCUACCGCGCCAGUGAUCGCAGUUCAAUUCCUGCUGCUGUCUGCAAGGAGUUUGUACGUUCUGCUGUGAGUACAUAGGUUUCCUCUGGGCGUUCUGGGUUCUUCCCGUACUCCAAAGGUGAAUGGGUUAGGGUUAGUAAAUUGUGGGCAAGCUAUACUGGUGCCGGAAGUUCCAUUGGCAGGACCCAUGACCUGAAUGGGACUGUGACCCCAUACGUGACCUGAAAUGUUGACUUUUCCUUACCCUCACAGAUGCUGCUCGACCUGCUCAGAUCCUCUUACAGUCUCUUUCGCUUUUAACAGGAAGAUUGGCUCUGACCACCGUGACCACUAUUUAUGGACCGCUUUCCACAGUAACCGUACAGACAACUGGAUGGAGUUCAAAUGCCUACAUACUGAAAAGUGUACAAUGGAGGGGCAGAAUCGAAUGCACUCACGCCUAGGUGUGAGAUGAUUAUUCAAAUAGGCUGCAAAGAAAUUGGGAUUGGAGGUUGGUGUGGCGCGCACACAGCUAUAUCACAGUUCACCGCCAGCCACCCACGUCACUUCAAGCCACUGUCAUCAAGAGCUGCCUCUGGAUCGCUUUGGGCGGCAGUAAACCGGGAGCCAGCACUUUUCAAAUAACCUAUUCCGCAAUCCGACACAGGGGGUGAUCCGUCGCCCAAAAUCUUCUUUUAGCAGAAGCGCAGACGCUUCUCUCUCCCUCUCACUCUAUCCCUCUUUCCCCCUCUCCCUCCUUUCCCUCUCUCCCCCCUCUCUCUCUCUCUCUGUGUCUCUGUCACUCUCUCUUCCCCUCUCUCUCUCUCUCUCUCUCUCUCUCUCUGUCUCUCUCUCUCUCUCUCACUCUCUCUAUCUGCUCCCGAUCCCUAAUGCAUUCUACCUCCAACAUGCUGGGUGCAGUGAAAAUGGAAGGACAUGAACACACAGACUGGAGCUCCUACUAUGGAGAGCCCGAGGGGUAUACCUCAGUGAGCAACAUGAAUGCGGGAAUUGGAAUGAACAGCAUGAACACUUACAUGAGUAUGUCUGCAAUGGGUACCACAGCCAACAUGACAGCGGGAUCCAUGAAUAUGUCUUAUGUGGGCACCGGCAUGAGCCCGGCAAUGACUGGCAUGUCUCCUGGAGCAGGGGCAAUGAACGGCAUGGGAGCCGGGAUGGCGGCCCUUAGCCCAAGCAUGAGUCCGAUAAGCGCUCAGGCCGGAUCUAUGAACGCCCUGACUUCUUACACCAAUAUGAGCAUGAGCCCGAUAUAUGGUCAAUCCAACCUUAACAGAUCGAGGGACCCCAAGACCUACCGCCGUAGUUAUACCCACGCAAAACCGCCUUACUCUUACAUCUCCCUCAUUACCAUGGCCAUACAGCAAUCUCCCAGCAAGAUGUUGACCCUGAGUGAAAUCUAUCAGUGGAUAAUGGAUCUUUUUCCUUUCUACCGUCAGAACCAGCAACGCUGGCAGAACUCCAUCCGUCACUCUCUGUCUUUCAACGAUUGCUUCCUUAAGGUGCCUAGGUCCCCGGACAAGCCGGGCAAGGGCUCAUUCUGGACCCUGCACCCCGACUCUGGCAAUAUGUUCGAGAAUGGUUGCUACCUACGGAGGCAGAAGCGCUUCAAGUGCGAGAAGAAGCAAGCGCUGAAAAACUCCCAGGAUCCCAACAGGAAAACAUCGGAGGCGGGCUCCACUGGUGGUGGCAGCAGCAGCUCCGAGAGCAGCACCGGCAAUGAAUCCCCGCACUCAAGCGGCUCUCCGGGCAGUGAGCAGAAGAGGUCCAUGAUGGAUCUGAAGCCAAGCUCGGCUCUCAGCCCGGAGCACACUCAUGCCAGCAACGCGGUGUCGCAAGCACAGCAACACUUGAUGCACCACCAGCACCACUCGGUCCUGUCUCACAUCCCUUCGGAAGCCCAGGGCCAUCUUAAGGCGGAUCACCACUACUCGUUCAACCACCCGUUCUCAAUCAACAACUUAAUGUCUUCCGAGCAACAGCACCACAAAAUGGACUUGAAGGCUUACGAACAGGUGAUGCAUUAUUCGAAUUAUAACUCCCCAAUGUCCGCCAAUCUACCAAUGACCUCCAAAUCGGUCUUAGACUCCUCGGCUAUAGCGAGCGACACGUCCUACUACCAAGGUGUGUAUUCAAGACCUAUUAUGAACUCCUCUUAAAAAUAUUUCCACGCACAUAAGGACUUUGCCAACUGUGUAUAUUUGUAAUAAUAAUUAAAAAAAAACAUCGUUUGUGGCCAAGCAUUCAAAAAUAUUUUUUAUGUUUUCAACCUGUUAGAUGUCAAGUUGUUUAGCGAUAUUUUUUUCUUUUGCGAAGGGAGGGGACGAAUUGGAUUGUAUUGUGCGGGGAGCACCGGUUUAAAUGUUUUGUUUUAAAUGCAGAGGGGUUCGGAAUAAAGGCAACGUAUCCAUGAUAUUUCUGUGUACAGUUUUAAAUGCACCGUGCAACUUUCCAUUGACGACAAAAACGAGCAACCGUUUCCUUUUCAACAAAAAAAAACCUUCGAAGGAAGGUAGCUGCCGUUUUAACAAAAAAAAAAGAAUCUGCAAGUAAUUUAUGGUUUGUGUAUGCUUUAUUUAUGGCUUGUAAACGUCUGUUUUGGUAGUAGACUACCGAAGUUUCAGAAUAUAUAUUCGAAAGAAGUGUUAAGUGUUAGAUGUACACAACUAAUUCUGUCAACUGCAGUGAUGAGACUUCUCGCUGACCCGUUAGCUCCCUUAAGCGAAAAGUUUUAAUUGUUCACAAAUUGUUGCACUUUUGGUAAUUUCCCGUGAUCCUGGGAGCCGGCGAUUUCAUAAUUCCCAUUUUUGCUACACGACCUGAAAGUGACUUAAUUUAUUGUUAAAACUGUAGAUUUUAGUACGGAGGAUUUUUUUUCUUGUUUUCCCUUGUAAGAAAUUUUAAAAAAACUUUUCUCUUUCGCGUUGAA